AUGUAUUCAAUAUUUAAUGCAUGUAAAAAGAGUAGAUUACUUAAUAGUAAUCUAUUAAUCAAUAAGAAUAUUAAUAAUAAUAGUAGAUCAUUCAUUACAGUAGUUACUAAUCCAAUUACAUUAAAACAAGAUGUUAAAACAUUCGGACCAUUCCCAGAGUAUGUAAAGAUUGUCGAAGUAGGUCCAAGAGAUGGUUUACAAAAUGAGAAACAAAUAGUACCUACCAAUGUAAAGAUCGAUUUAAUCAAUAGAUUAGCAGGUACUGGUUUAUCAGUAGUAGAAGCAACUUCAUUUGUAUCACCAAAAUGGGUACCUCAAAUGGCAGAUUGUAAAGAAGUUAUGGCAGGAAUAAAACAUGUACCGGGAGUUUCAUAUCCAACACUGACACCGAAUUUGCAGGGAUUUAAAUCGGCAUUGGAAUCGGGUGCAAAAGAAAUCGCGUUGUUUGCGGCGGCAUCCGAAAGUUUUUCGAAAAAAAAUAUCAAUGUCACCAUCGAGGAAAGUUUGGCACGCUACAAAGAUGUUUGUGACGCAGCAAAGGAAAACGAUAUAAAGAUAAGAGGUUAUGUUUCUUGUGUUCUGGGAUGUCCGUACGAAGGUCGUAUCUCUGUGGAGAAGGUAGCAGAGGUAUCGCGUAAACUCUAUGAGUUUGGAUGCUACGAGAUAUCGCUGGGCGAUACCAUCGGUAUUGGAACGCCCGGUGCCACUUUCAAGAUGCUCUCGGCGGUGUCGAAAGAGAUUCCUCUCGCCAAUUUGGCGGUGCAUUUCCACGAUACCUACGGACAGGCACUGGCAAACAUUCUGACGGCGUUGCAGUUUGGUGUGAGCACUGUCGAUAGCUCGGUGGCUGGUCUCGGUGGUUGUCCGUACGCAGUGGGCGCCUCUGGUAACGUAGCGACCGAAGACGUUCUGUAUAUGAUGAAGGAUUUGGGAAUCGAUUGUAAAGUGAACCUCGACAAGGUCUUGGACAUCAGUCUAUGGAUAUCGGACAUUCUCGGUAAGACACCAAGCUCCAAAGUAUCACUAGCACUCUCCCACAAGAAUCAAAGAACCUGUAAAUAG